AUGGAGGAAAGCGAAGGAACUGUACCAGGAUAUUGGGCUAUUUCGGCUGGAAUACCAUUGAUUGGAGGACCUGGACUAGGACAUGGUGGUCCUCCAGAUAUAGCUUUAUUAGGAGGAGGACCUGACGGCAUUCCUGGUGGAGGACCUGGAGUUGGAUAUGGUGGUACUCCUGGUAUACCUUUAAUUGGGGAACCUGGUAAAGGAUAUGGUGGUCAUCCAGCGUGGAGAUGUUCUAGGUGUACCUUUAAUAGGAGGAGUACCUGGUCAUGGAUAUGGUGGUUAGAGGCGAAGCCAGGAUUUAAAGCUACUGGGUUCGGCCGAACCCUCAACCGAAGAGCUAGCUCUGCCCCUGAUGGUGGUACGUCUGUUGGAUAUGGACCUGGAUAUGGCGUUGGUCCUGGUAUAAUAACUUUAAUAGGUGCAGGUGGAGGAAUUGGCGGAGGAGCAAGAGGAGGAAUUGGUGGAGUAGGAGGAGGUGUUGGAAAGGGAAUAAGCGGAUGGGGAGGUGGCAUUGGUGGGGGUGGAGGGUUUGGACUGGGUGGCAUAGGUGGAGGAUUUGGAGGUGGUGGUGGUAUCGGUGGUGGCGCUUAA